CCACCUAAGGGCCAGGGUCUGCCUGGAAGGGGCUUCGGCUGGCAGCUGUCCUCAAGGAAGGAAGGCAGUUUCCUGGCCCUGAAUACUUAAGCCAUCGGUCGGCUCAUCUGCAAAGUGCAAAUGACAACAGGAACCAGCUUCACCAGAGUCGUUAUGAGGAUUAAUGAGGCCCUGCAUGUAAACAACUCCGGCAGAGUGCCUGCUCAGAGAAAGCACCCUGGAAAUGACUCUCUUCCUGCCAAGAUGUCUAUUGGCGUGCCGAUCAAAGUCCUCCACGAGGCUGAGGGUCACAUCGUGACGUGUGAGACCAACACUGGCGAGGUGUAUCGGGGCAAGCUCAUCGAGGCAGAGGACAACAUGAACUGCCAGAUGUCCAACAUCACGGUCACAUACAGAGACGGCCGCGUGGCUCAACUGGAGCAGGUGUACAUCCGGGGCAGCAAGAUCCGCUUCCUGAUUCUGCCCGACAUGCUGAAAAACGCGCCCAUGUUGAAGAGCAUGAAGAACAAAAACCAGGGCUCGGGCGCUGGUCGGGGAAAGGCGGCCAUCCUGAAGGCCCAGGUGGCCGCGAGAGGGAGAGGACGUGGAAUGGGACGUGGAAACAUCUUCCAGAAGCGAAGAUAAAUUUUAUCUGUUGGACAGAACUUUGCUCUUUUUUUUGUUUUUUCUUUUAGGUUAUCUGGGUUGAGAUGCGUGCCUGUGAAUUAUGUCCUAGGUUAUCUGUUGACAUCAUUUUCUUUAGAUGUGGGUAAAAUGUUAAACUAAAUAAAUAUGGUGGUUUUUUUCUUUUUGAGAA